CUCCCCUACGCCGCGCCCCGCCCCUCUCCCCUGCGCCACACUCCUCUCCCCCGCGCCCCGCUCCUGUCGCCUGCGCAAUACGGCGAGUCAUCUUCUUCCUGCCCAAUACGGCGAGCGGCGGCGCCCCGACCAGGGGUCGGCACCGGCCACCGGACAGCACUGCGCGCCGAUCCAGUUCCUGCGGAUCACCUGUGGGAGGUACUUGGUGACUCCGAUCGUGUUCGUGGGUGCUGUGGGUCUUCCUACACCGCGUCGACUCUCCAUCGCCCUGCUACUCGCCUUUGUGUCGCUAUCCUAGGCUAGGAUGGAGGAGCUGGAGGCCAACCAGGCGGCCCAGGACUUGGCCCACAAGGCGCAGCUGGCGGCGGUGGAGGCGGCCCACCAGGCGCACCUGGCGGCACUGACGGAGCACCACCAGCGUCAGAUGGCGGACCUGGCGAGCUUCCUCCGGACCCAGCACCAGCAGGAUCUUCCUCCCUCGCUCUUUGCUCCACCACCAGUCCCAGUGCCUGCUCCUGUUCAGCGUCCGGCUCCGUCGGCGGGUUCGAACCCGACUCCCAGCCCUCCACUGGGUGCCAGCCCUACACAGCAAGGCUGGCCAGGGUACCCGACCUACCCGACCUACCCCACGCAGCCGUUCACGUGGGGGCCUCCUCCUCCACAGUCGCAGGGCUACUCCUCGUGGCCGGGGGCGCAGACGCAGCAGGGGCCUAGCGCAGGACUAUGGCGCUACGACGCCGCGCCGUCAGGGUGGACUCAGGCACCACCACAGGCAGGGUGGGGUUCGUGGGGCGAUGGGACCCCUGGGGACGGCGCCACGAGCUAGGAGGACCUGUGGGGGGUACUCGGUGACGAGCAAAGUACCUUUGCCUCCAUCUUCUCGACUAGGACGCAUGUUAGACCCUUUUGCCCUCAUGUUGGACUUGUAGGACUUGUUGGACAUGUAUGUUGGACAUGUAU